UCUCUGGAAGGAUGAGGUCCUCCCUGACACCUUUGGGGCCCCCUGUGAGCCGGGACCGCAUCAUCGCCACCUUCCCUAAGUGGUACACACCUGCCGCCUGCCUGCAGCUCAAGGAGCACUUCCACGGGCAGGUCAGUGCCGCCUGCCAGCGCAGAAACACGGGGACUGUCGGGCUCAACCUCUCCAAGGUGGUUGUCGUCGGCGACCUCUACGUGGGCAAGACCAGCCUCAUCCACAGGUUUUGCAAAAAUGUCUUUGACCGUGACUACAAGGCCACUAUCGGGGUAGACUUUGAAAUCGAGCGCUUUGAGAUCGCCGGGAUUCCCUACAGCCUCCAGAUCUGGGAUACAGCAGGGCAGGAGAAGUUCAAGUGCAUCGCCUCUGCCUACUACCGGGGCGCCCAGGCGAUCAUCACAGCCUUUGACCUCACUGACAUGCAGACUCUGGAGCACACCAGGCAGUGGCUAGAGGAUGCCUUGAGGGAGAAUGAGCCGGGCUCCUGCUUUGUGUUCCUCGUGGGAACCAAGAAGGACCUUCUGUCAGGGGCGGCGUGCGAGCAGGCAGAAGUGGAAGCCGUGCACCUGGCCAAUGAGAUGCAGGCCGAGUACUGGUCGGUGUCAGCCAAGACGGGGGAGAAUGUGAAGGCCUUCUUCCUCCGCGUGGCCGCCCUGGCGUUCGAGCAGUCGGUGCUGCAGGACCUGGAGAGGAGGGACAGCAGCCGGCUCCAGCUCGGCACUGGAGACCUCAUCCGAAUGGAGGGAAGUCUACCUGAGACCCAGGAGAGCAAGAGACCUUCCAGCCUGGGUUGCUGUUAGCUGGGGACUGCCUCAGAGGUCUCCGUACCCUCCCACACACACGGGCAGGGCCUUCUGUGACUGGAGGGGUGACAUGGAGCCUAAUCCCCGUGACACAUCUGUCUACCCACUGUGCCGAGCCCCAGUGCUCAGCCACUUCUCUUUAGUGGGCAGAGAGCCAGGAGAGGCCCUCAUGGCUGCCUGGGAGCCCACACUGCCCAGCUGGUGGGGGACACUGGGGUGAUGAUUUG